AUGGAUAGCAAUGAAAAUAAAAAAAAUGGUGGUGAUUCAUUAGAAUUAAAUAUUAUUAAUAACAAUAAUGAUAAUAAUAAUAAUAAUGAUAAUAAUAAUAAUUCAACAGAAGAACAUAUUGAAUCUGUUGAACAAAGUAUUAAAGAGUUUAAUAAUGUCGCAAAUGAAUUGGAAACAGAGUUUAGAGAUUAUUUAGUUGAAACUCAUAAAAAUGAUGUUAAUAAUAUUAAAAAUGAUAUUGAAGCUCCACCAUCAGGUGAAUUUGAACCAGGAGGAGGUGCUGAAGAUGAGGAUUUUAAAUUAAGAAACUAUUUUAAACAAUCAAAAGUGGAUGCAAUUCAAAAUGGUGGCAAAUUAAAAAAGAUGGGUGUUUCUUUUAAAAAUCUAACAGUUAUUGGUAAAGGUGCUGAUCAAUCUGUUGUUUCAGAUUUAGCAACUCCUUUCACAUUUUUAAUUUCAAAAUUAAAUGUUAAAAAUUGGUUUAAAAAAUCAAAACCAUCAACAUUUGAUAUUUUGCAUGAUGUAAGUGGAUUUUGUAAAGAUGGUGAAAUGUUAUUAGUUUUAGGUAGACCAGGAUCAGGAUGUUCAUCAUUAUUGAGAACAAUAAGUAAUCAAACAGGAUCUUAUGUUGAUGUACUUGGAUCAGUUACCUAUGGUGGUAUUGAUCAAAAGAAAUGGGAUAAAUAUAAGGCAGAAUGUAUUUAUGUACCAGAGGAGGAUACCCAUUAUCCAACUUUGACAGUACGUGAAACAUUAGAAUUUGCAUUGAAAUGUAAAACACCAAGUAAUCGUUUACCAAAUGAAAAGAAACGUACAUUCAGAUCAAAAAUCUUCAAUUUAUUAUUGGGAAUGUUUGGUAUGGUACAUCAAGCAGAAACCAUGGUUGGCAAUGAAUUUGUUAGAGGUUUAUCAGGUGGUGAACGUAAAAGAAUUACAAUUGCAGAAUCGAUGGUAUCAGCAUCAUCAAUCAAUUGUUACGAUUGUUCAACUCGUGGUCUUGAUGCAGCAUCAGCAUUGGAUUAUGCAAAAUCCAUUCGUAUUAUGUCUGAUACAUUACAUAAAACAACCAUUGCAUCAUUCUAUCAAGCAUCAGAUUCAAUCUAUAAUUUAUUCGAUCGUGUAUUAAUUCUUGAAAAAGGUAGAUGUGUUUAUUUUGGUCCAGUUGGUUUGGCAAAACAAUAUUUCAUUGAUAUGGGAUUCGAAUGUGAACCAAGAAAAUCCACACCCGAUUUCUUAACUGGUGUAACCAACCCACAAGAGCGUAAAGUUAGACCAGGUUUUACAGUACCAGAAUCAUCAGCAGAAUUUGAAGAAGCUUGGAAACAAUCUGAAAUCUAUGCUCAAUCAUGUCAAGAACAAAGAGAAUACGAGAAAUUAAUUGAGAUUGAACAACCAUCAAUUGAUUUCAUUCAAGAGAUUACUGAACAAAAGAGUAAAUCUACAAGUAAAUCAUCACCUUAUACAACUGGUUUCUUUGUUCAAGUGAUUGCAUUAACAAUUAGAAAUUUUCAAAUUAUUUGGGGUGAUAAAUUCUCUUUGAUCUCAAGAUACUCUUCUGUUUUGGUUCAAGCACCAAUUUAUGGUAGUGUUUUCUUUGCAAUGUCAAAUUCAAUCGAUGGAGCAUUCACAAGAGGUGGUGCAAUCUUUUCAUCAAUCUUAUUCAAUGCUCUACUUUCAGAACAGGAGCUUAGUAUUACCUUCACAGGAAGAAGAAUACUUCAAAAACAUAAAACCUAUGCAAUGUAUAGACCAGCAGCAUUACAUUUUGCUCAAAUCAUUACAGAGAUACCAAUUAUUAUGAUUCAAGUUUUCCUUUUCUCAAUUGUUACCUACUUUAUGUUUGGUUUAGAUUCAAGUGGUUCAAAAUUCUUUAUCAAUUGUUUCACAUUGAUUGGUUUUACAUUGGCAACAAAUAACCUCUACAGAUUAGCAGGUAAUUUAACACCAUCGGUUUACAUUGGUCAAAAUAUUAUGAAUGUAUUAUUUUUAACAAUGAUGACAUUCACUUCAUACAUCAUUCCAUAUCAUCAAAUGCCAGUUUGGUUUGGUUGGUAUCAUUAUUGUAAUCCAUUCUCAUUUGCAUUUAGAGCAUUGAUGGGUAAUGAAUUUAAUGGCUUGAAAUUUGAUUGUAUUGAAGAUGCAAUUCCAAAAGGUGAAUUUUAUCAAAAUGAAACCUUUACACCCUAUAGAUCCUGUGCAACCACUGCAGCUGAACCAGGUCAACUUUAUUUCACAGGUGAACGUUAUUUAGAGAAAUCAUUUGGUUGGGAAAUUAAACCAUCAACUCAAGGAUUCAUAGCAUACAAUAUUUGUAUAGUCUAUGGAUUUUGGAUACUAUUUAUCAUUUGCAAUUGUAUAGUUUUAAAUAUUAUCGAUUGGACAAGUGGUGGUUUCACUUGUAAAGUUUAUCUCAAAGGAAAAGCACCAAAAAUGAAUGAUGUAGAAAAUGAAAAACAACAAAAUCUAUUGGUACAACAAGCAACCAACAAUAUGAAAGAAUCUUUAUCAAUGCCUGGUGGUUUGUUCACUUGGCAACAUAUGUAUUAUUCUGUCCCAAUUGGAGGUAAUACUAUGAAGUUAUUAUUGGAUGACAUUCAAGGUUGGAUUAAACCAGGUCAAAUGACAGCAUUAAUGGGUUCAUCAGGUGCUGGUAAAACAACAUUAUUGGAUGUUUUAGCUAAAAGAAAAACAACUGGUCAAGUUCAAGGUACAACAUUAUUAAACGGUAAACCAUUGGAAAUCGAUUUCGAACGUAUUACAGGUUACGUUGAACAAAUGGAUGUUUUAAAUCCAGCUUUAACCGUUAGAGAAACUUUAAGAUUCUCUGCUAAACUUCGUGGUGAACCAACCAUAUCAUUGGAAGAGAAAUUUAAAUAUGUUGAACAAGUAUUGGAAAUGAUGGAAAUGAAACAUCUAGGUGAUGCAUUAAUUGGUGAUUUAGAAACUGGUGUUGGUAUUUCAGUUGAAGAACGUAAACGUACAACAAUCGGUGUUGAAUUGGUUGCAAAACCACAUAUUCUUUUCCUUGAUGAACCUACAUCAGGUUUAGAUGCUCAAUCAUCUUAUAAUAUUAUUAAAUUCAUUCGUAAACUAGCAGAUGCAGGUAUGCCAUUGGUUUGUACAAUUCAUCAACCAUCAUCAGUAUUAUUUGAACAUUUCGAUCGUAUUCUUUUAUUAGCAAAAGGUGGUAAAACCGUUUAUUUUGGUGAUAUUGGUGAGAAAUCUAAAACGUUAACAUCCUAUUUCCAACGUCAUGGUGUUAGAGAAUGUAGUGAUAGUGAAAAUCCAGCUGAAUAUAUUCUUGAAGCAUGUGGUGCUGGUCGUCAUGGUAAAUCUGUUGUCGAUUGGCCACAAGCUUGGAAAGAAUCUCCAGAAUAUCAAUCAAUUUGUCAAGAAUUGAAAGAACUUCAAGUCACUGGAUCAUCGUAUGCCUCAAUUCAUGUUGAUAAUGGUAAACCAAGAGAAUAUGCAACUUCAUUAACCUAUCAAACCAUUGAAGUCUAUAAACGUUUGAAUUUAAUUUGGUGGAGAUCACCAGGUUACUCCUAUGGUACUUUUAUUCAAAGUGCUUUGGUUGGUUUAAUCAAUGGUUGGACAUUUUACAAUUUACAAGAUUCUGCAAACGAUAUGAAUCAACGUAUUUUCUUCAUUUUCAAUGUAACAAUGCUUGGUAUUCUCUUGAUGUUUUUGGUUUUACCACAAUUUAUCACUCAACAAGAUUACUUUAAACGUGACUAUGCUAGUAAAUUCUACCAUUGGUUACCAUUUGCUUUGUCAAUUAUUGUGGUUGAAUUACCUUUUGUUUUGGUUUCUGGUACAAUUUUCUUUUUCUGUUCUUUCUGGACCGCUGGUUUAAAUUCUGAUGCCUCAACAAACUUUUUCUUUUGGCUUAUAUUCAUGUUAUUCCUAUUCUAUUGUGUUGGUUUCGGUCAAGCAAUUGGUGCAGUUUGUAUAAAUAUCACGGUUGCUCUUAAUCUUUUACCAGUUUUAAUCAUUUUCUUAUUCCUUUUUUGUGGAGUUUUAGUUAUUCCUGACCAAAUUCCACACUUUUGGAAAUGGGUUUAUCAUUUAAAUCCAUGUACUCACUUUUUAGAAGCUAUGGUUACAAAUGUUUUAAAACAUGUUAAUGUUGUUUGUACUACAGAUGAUUUAAUUAAAUUCGUUAAACCUUCUUCAUUUUCAACUUGUUCAGAUUAUGCUUUUGAAUUCUUAAAUGGCUCAAAUCAUUCUGUCUCUGGUAGUGUUCAAUCUUUAGGUGGUGACAAUUGUGGUUAUUGUCUCUAUAAAAAUGGUGAAGAAUAUUAUUCAAAAUUAGGUUGGUCCUAUGAUAAUAGAUGGCGUGGUUUUGGUAUUAUUGCUGGCUAUUUUGUACUAAAUAUAUUUUUAGUAGUUUUAUUUGUUUUCUUAACCAGAAAAGGUAAAAGAUAA